AUGAUCACAGCACCGUCUGCGCGAAGAACGUCGGCUCUUUGGAGCCGUGUGGCAUCCGGCUCCAUCCUGAGGGCCUCGCACCAGGCCUCCUUUGCCGAUCUGUCGAUUGCUGAGGCUAGUCGACGUCUCAAGGAAAACUUGGCGACACCAGCGGAUCUGGUCGAGUCUUGCCUCCAGCGAAUCCGCGAAGCCAACCCACGCAUCAAUGCUGUAUCCCAGCUCGUCGACCACAGCGCCCUCGCUUCAGCACCAAGCGAUGCAAGCAGCAGAACCAGUAUUCCUCGCAGUCCUCUUUUCGGCAUCCCUCUUCUCGUCAAAGGCAACAUCUGCGUCAAAGGGCUCGAUACAACGUGCUCAUCCGCCAUGCUGAAGGGCUUCCGUCCGCCAUAUGACGCAACAGUGGUCGACCUUCUGCGCAAUCAAGGCGCCGUUGUGAUGGGGCACACCAACAUGGAUGAGUUUGGAAUGGGAUCGGCAAAUAUCCAUAGCGCAGAUGGGCCCGUCCGCAAUCCUCGCUCGCUUGGCCGAGUGCCUGGAGGGAGCUCUGGUGGAAGCGCUGCUGCUGUGGCCAGCGGGAUGUGCUUUGCGGCUUUGGGGUCCGAUACCGGCGGCUCUGUCCGGCUCCCAGCAGCAUACUGCGGUGUUGUUGGCUUCAAGCCCUCGUACGGCAGGAUUUCGCGAUGGGGACUUGUUGCAUAUGCAAGCUCGCUGGACACAAUUGGAAUCCUUACCAGAACCGUAGACGAUUCGCUGGUUGUCUUUGACGCGCUCGCUGUCCAUGACCCCAAGGACUCGACAUCUCUGAGCUUCGCCGACCCCAAUAUCGACGUCGAUUUUGCUGGAGGCAGUCUUCAGGGCCUCCGAAUCGGAGUUCCGCAGGAAUACCACGUUCACGGCCUGGACGAGUCCAUCCUUGCGAGCUGGAGUCGGGCACUCGACGCUCUCGCUGCCCGUGGGGCAACGAUCGUCCCCGUGUCCCUUCCUCAUACACAGCAUGCCCUUGCGUCCUAUUACACCAUAGCGACAGCCGAGGCGUCGUCCAACCUCUCGCGCUACGACGGUCUUCGUUACGGAUCCACAACGAACUCAGGAUCUGCUGAUGCGCCAUCCGCCCCGCCAACUGGCGACGUUCUCUACGGCGACGUCCGCUCUCACGGUUUUGGGGCAGAGGUCAAGCGGCGAAUAGUCCUUGGAACCUAUAUACUCUCUGCCGAAGCCUACGACUCUUACUUUCUUCAGGCCCAGAAGGUGCGGCGAUUGAUUCAGCAGGACUUUGACCGGGUCUUUGCACGGCGUCAUCCCCUGGUCGAUCCCGCCGUCGUCCAGACGCAGGGACCAUCCGACACGAAUCCCAAGGUCGACGUCCUCCUGACGCCUGUAUCGACCACGGUUGCUCCCGAGUUUUCCGAGUUCGGGCCGAACAAGGACCUCGAUCCAUCGACGCAGUUGCAAGAGUGCAUGAACGAUAUUCUCACUGUUCCAGCCUCGCUAGCGGGUUUGCCGGCGCUGGUUAUCCCUUAUGGAUCCAAGGACGAGGCAGUCCCCACACCGGCCGGUACUGUUGAGAAUGAGCAGAUACCGAUUGCUCUGCAACUGAUUGGUCAAUCCGGAGACGACCGACUGCUGUUCAAGAUCGGCAAGGUCCUUGAAGACAGUCGUCAGUCGCCAACAGCCACAAAGUGA